AUGAACUCUGCUAAUGAUGCUGCAUCAGCAUUUGAAAUUCUAACCCAUAGGUCUCCCUUGAGCAACAGCGAAAUGAUGAGCAAACGAAACGGUGUUUCCACAGAAAAUCGGAAAAUUGACGAUUCUCAACUGGACAUCAGCGAUGACAGCGAAAAAAAACCACAAACUCACAAAACGCUAGGACAAAGACUAAAAGCAGCAGUCGGCUCAGGCCGUCUUGAAAACCAGUACGAUGAACCGGCCAAAAACUGGAGAGAAAAAAUUGUGAGAUUUUUGGAAGUGCACCAAACAAAGCGUGCUUCCGCAAACCGGGCCGAGAACAUCGUGGAAUCGUUUUUGUUCAACGACGAUUUGGCGCCCGUGGAAGCCGGCAGAAGAGUGUGGGACUGGAAACAAUACGUUUUUUUCUGGAUUUCCGGAUCCUUCAACGUCAACACCUGGCAGAUCUCAGCAACAGGUAUGCAGCUGGGGCUGAACUGGUGGCAGACCUGGGUAUGUAUCUGGAUCGGGUACAUCUGUGUGGCGUUUUUCGUGGUGGUCAACUCGCGUAUCGGUAACUUCUAUCACAUCGCUUUCCCCAUUUCGUCGAGAAUAGCGUACGGAAUCUACUUUUCGCUGUGGAUUGUGUUGAACAGAGUGGUCAUGGGCUGUGUGUGGUACAGUGUGCAGACCUACAUUGGAUCCCAGACAAUCAGUCUUAUGCUGAUGUCGAUUUUCGGCACCGACUUGGAAGAACGGAUUCCAAACACCAUGAAUACGCAAAACAUCACCACCUAUGGGUUCAUGUGCUUUAUGCUCUUUUGGGCGGCCCAAUUGCCGGCCCUUUGGUUUCCUCCCCAAACUUUACGCCAUCUGUUCACUGUCAAAAGUAUUAUCACUCCUUUUGCAGCAUUUGGUUUCCUUAUCUGGACUCUCAAAAAAUCUCACGGUCGUUUGGCUCUUGGGUCCCUAACCACAAUCCAUCCAACCGGUUCAGUGCUUGGAUGGAACUUUGUCAUUAGUAUCAUGAGCGCAUUGGACAACUUUUCCACUUUGAUCCUGAACGCCCCAGAUUUUUCACGUUUCGCAAAAACCAGGCAUUCGUCAAUCUACUCUCAAAUGAUUAUUUUACCAUUGAUGUACGCUAUUAUCUCGAUCAUCGGUAUCUUGGUCACUUCGGCUGCUUACACCAUGUAUGGGGUCAAUUACUGGUCGCCAUUGGACGUUUUGGGUAGAUUCUUGGAUCACCAAACUGCCGGAAAUAGAGGUGGUGUCUUCAUGAUUGCAUUGUGUUUCGGUAUUGCUCAACUUGGUACUAACAUAGCCUCUAACUCUAUUUCUGUUGGUACUGACAUGACAGCCAUCCUGCCUAAGUUUAUCAAUAUCAGAAGAGGUGGUUACAUCUGCGCGGCCAUUUCGCUGGCGAUUUGUCCUUGGAACCUGUUGGCUUCUUCGUCAAAGUUCACAACUGCUUUGUCUGCAUAUGCGGUGUUUCUUUCAUCUAUUUCGGGCGUAGUCUGUGCGGACUACUACGUGGUGAGAAAAGGUUUGAUCAAACUACAGCACUGUUACACCAACAAACCAAGCAGUUUGUACAUGUAUGGUACGAGAUUUGGCACCAACUGGAGAGCCGUGCUAUCAUAUGUUUUGGGGAUUGUUCCAAACUUCCUAGGAUUUUUGGGAUCGUUGGACGUUCAUGUUCCGCAGAACGCCAUGCGCGUCUAUUAUCUCAACUAUUUCGUGGGCUUCUUGGUGUCAUUUACGCUUUACAGUGGUAUUUGCUACGUGUUCCCUGUGCCUGGCAUGCCUGAGGGCGUAGGUUACUUUGAUUUCUCGCGUUGGUUUGAAAGAUGGACAGAAGUUGAAGAUUUCGUGGAACAGCGUAAGAAGUUCGAGGCUGAUGUUUUCGAAGAAGAAGAUGAGUACACGGACGAAUUUUCCUCAACGGUGGAAGAAAACAUUGAAGCUAACCCCAAAGUUUAG